AUGGAGUUCACGUUCGGUGGCUUCGGCGACCCGGUGUUGUCGGCUGCGUUGCAGCAGCUGAUGGACCUGCCCGACGAGCUGGAGCGGCACAUGAACGCGCCGACGCGGGCCUACGUGCGCGACCGCCGGGCCAUGGCCAACACGCCCAUGGACGUCAAGGAGUUCCCGUCCGGGGCGAUCGUCCUGACCGUCGACAUGCCCGGGGUCAGCCCCGCCGACGUUAAGGUCCAGGUGGAGGAGGGCAACGUGCUCACCAUCAGCGGCGAGCGCAAGCGCCCCGCCGAGGACGGCGCUGCCGCUGAGGGCAAGCAGCAGGCCGCCGCCGGUGCCGACGGCGAGAAGCAGGGGGUGAAGUACCUGAGGAUGGAGAGGCGGAUGGGCAAGUUCAUGAGGCGGUUCCCACUGCCGGAGAGCGCCGACCUGGACAGCAUCCGCGCCGAGUACAAGGACGGCGUGCUCACCGUCACCGUCGACAAGAAGCCACCGCCCGAGCCCAAGAAGCCGCGCGUCGUCCAGGUCACGGUCGGCGGCGAGCAGCAGGGCGAGUAA